AUGCCCGGUGUUCCAUCUGACGCGCUUGACCAGCUGAAGAAAGGGUUCAAGAACUUCUUCAAGAAUCGUAAGCGACGCGGAGUAGCAUCCCAAAAAGCUUCAGCAGCGGAGGCACCUGUGGCGACAGCCACUGCGACAACUGCUGCUACGAACGCAGCUCCUCCACCGGAGACGAAGCCCGCAGAGACUAAACCAGCAGAGGCCGCUCCUGCAGGCGGACCAGCCGCCUCAGGGCUGCCAGCUGCUCCCGCGGAUAUUACCUCCACCUCGGCUCCGGCUCCCGAGGCAGCAUCAGUUGCGACUCCUGCAGAUACUCCAGGGGCUGCCGCAACACCUGCCCCCACGGAUGCGCCUUCUGCAACCACUAAUACUGCUCCUACGACAGAACCCACGCCUGCUGCAGCAGAUGCCAGCACCUCAGCCACUCCAGCUCCUGAACCGGCAAAAGAAGCAACCCCAGCAGCUGUGAAUGCUACUCCAACACCGGCUCCCGCUACUGACGCUGCUUCUUCGGCUGCACCAGCCGCCACCUCUAAUGUGCCUGAUGCUACUGCCGCAGAUACUCCUACCGGAGCCCCCAAGACUGCUGAACCUGCGCCCGCUGAAAAUGCCCAAUCCGCAAAGGCCGACGCUGAACCAACAGAUGCCACCAAAACUGCUCCGGCUCCUGCAGCUCCCGCUUCGUAA